AAUUUGUACAGUUUAGGGUGAAAAUGUUUUAACCGUUAUGAAGAGUCACGUAAUAAUUUUUCUAACGUUGGCCGUUGUGCUUCAUGAAACACUCGGAGCUGGCAUCGUGACGCAGCUGAAUGUGGCCCAGCGUGCUGCAAGAUUCUUCGACCCUAAUCCUGAAAAGAAUUACUCCCAGAUAAUCAACCACCAUUCCUCGGCGUUUUACAGCGGAACACCAUAUCCCGAUGCCUUUUACAAUGAGCUUUGUGAGUUUGGAAUGUUUUCAAACAUAUCAGACGAUACAAAAUCUGGACCGUUCUUGAAUGCAACUAUAAACUACAUCAACAAAAAACCCAAACCAUGGGACCAGGCAACUGAGAAAUUGUUUGCAUUUAUGAUGGGGAUGAUGUCCAAUCAGGUGUCGGACUCACUGUGGACAAGUCAAGGUGUGGAUCAAGGAUUUUUGUCGGCCAUGGGAUAUACUAACUUUCAUGGGUCAGUCCACAAAGCAAGGAAAGCAGGCAAUUUUGGUGGAGAUAUAGUUGUUGUGUAUCUAUUGAAUGUUGUGGACGAAAUCGACGAAUGGUACGUCCCAAUUGACGACCUAUUUGAAAUUUACAAGGAAUUUUAUGGGUCCGUACAAAUCAACAAAACACUAAUAGAAUCUUGCUCUACUCUAGCUUUAGUGACAGCAUAUGCAGAAAUAACUGGAAACGCUGAGCUGUUUACAAUAGUCGCCGAUACUUCCGACUUCAUUGUGGACAAUCUUGUGGAAUAUUUUCAAGGAGGAUUAAUGGACAUGGCGGGCUGGACAAACAGGAAGUGGCACGACGCCAUAACAAUGCUUGAAAAUGGCACGAAGGCAUGCCAUAUUCCGCACAAUCCUCUCUUUAUAAAUUGCUCUAAGAAGCAGGACACUGCACUGAUGUUUUACCCCAAACCGCGCAGACAAACAGACAGACCAUAUACUGGCGACCUUUCUGUGUCCGAUUUUCAGAUCAGGAGGUCUCAAGGAGCCAUCAGCAUUAAGCCUGGACACAAACUAAAGAAAAGGCUAACAGAGCUUAAAUCCCAAGUGAAUAAGAUAAAGAAGCAAAAGCUGGAGCCAGAGCAGGUGGGGGAUGACUAUCACUGGAAGAUUUACUUUAAUGACUACAAUCAUGGAUCCUUGCUCGGAAAAUCUCUGGCAGCGGCUGAUAUUGACGGGGAUGGUAAUGUGGAUGUUGCCAUCGGAGCUCCAGGAUUUUCCCAGAAUGAAAACAUGAUGGCGGGGAGAGUUUAUAUACUUUACAAUAGUGAAAAUGGUUUUCCAAGGCCUGGUAAAUACUUUGAUUAUGUAGACAUUAACAACUUGACAAUUGGAUAUAACAGAAUUUUUGAUGGAGAAAAGGGGGUACAAUCUCGAUUCGGAUCAUCUGUUACAUUACUUGAUGUUAACCUAGAUGGUAUGGUGGAUUUAGUAGUUGGGGCAAGCUCCUACGGAAGCACGAGUCCUUUAGAUUACAAUGGUAGAGUUUACGUGUUUUAUGGGUCUGGUAAAGACAGGAACCAGAAACCAGAUAUCACUCUAACAUGUCAGUCUAAAUUCUGUAAUCUUGGAUACUCGUUAACAUCUGUCGAUGUUAACAAAGACGGACAUCUUGACUUAGUGAUGGGUACACCUCACUACAGUGGAGGAAACCUAACACAGAGCGGAAUGGUGGUCAUUCUCGUCUCCGCAUCAACAGCAUCUGGUACAACCAUACCUGUGGAAUCUCUUACAAGGAAAAUAUAUGGAGAACAGUCAUACAGUUGGUUUGGUCAACGGAUAAGCGGAAAGAAUGGCACUCUAUUGGUGAAUCAGCCAUACUUCAGGAUCUGCGAAAACCCAGCGUGUCCAUCUUUUUCUGAGUCAGACCAACAAGCUGUUGGAAAAUUGCACGUCUAUAACUUUGGCAACAGGACUGCAAUGACCAACAUGUCUAUUGCUGGUCGGGAAGCUUAUGACCUCGCCGGACAUAGUAGUGAUUUUGGUGACCCCUUUGGCAACGGGUCAUUGGUCGUUGCUGUAGGGGUUCCAGGUGCGGAUGUAGAUGGAGAAAUCCUUACUCUAAAAAGUAAAUGGACGCAAGCUGGAAAAGUAAUUUUAUUAAAACUGGAGAAAGGUCAGCUGACAGAAAUAGCAAGCUAUGAAAGUGACAGAAGAUACAGUAGAUUCGGAAUGAGAGUCAAUUUUGCUGAUAUUAAUAAUGACGAUAUCGACGAUUUACUGAUUGGGAGUCCAUACAGAAAUGAUGAUCCGUCAAAUCUUUUCAGCAUCAUAUUUGAUGGGAAGACAUACGCUUUUUAUGGAGGAGGAAAUUUUCCUGUUGGUAAUGCUACAAAUAGACGUUGUGAGAGGCUAUGGCCCUGUCCAGACCGCAAUGCUAAUCAUACAUUCUCCUCAUACCUUUCGGAUAAGAACUAUUUUGGAGAUAAUUUUGUAACUCUUCCAGCCAUUAAUGUGACACAAUUGGUAAUAUCAGCUUCUAUAUGUGCAGAUGACUAUGAUGACUACGGAUCAGAUUCCAGCUACGUUUAUGUAUUUGAUACAGGCAGCAAACUGAAAGAAACAUAAUGUUAUAAACCUUUAAUACAUUAAUUAAAAGAGAACUUUCAUACAUGA